AUGAUUAAUUACGGAGAAAAGAAAAACAUUAUUGAGAGUCAAAAAGAGAACGGAACGACUAAUUUAUGUAAAAACGGAGUAUUCGAAAGGGUGACAGAUAUAAACGAAUCAGAUAUUUACGAAUCAAAUGAUGAUAACACAAAAAAUAAAGGGGUGUGGUAUAAUGCUAGAACGAAAUGUUGGUUAGCGUGUGUGAAAGGAAGUGGAAGACACCUCCGAGUAUUUUCAGUAAAAAAACAUGGAUUCAAAAAGGCUAAAAUGUUAGCCGUAGAAUGCAAAAAUGCAACCUAUUACAAUUAUAGCAAUAGCGUUAAUAAUAGCGCAAGCAAUAGUAUUAACAAUAGCAUAAACAACAGCGUGAAUAACAGCGUGAAUAACAGCGUGAAUAACAGCGUGAACAACAGCGUGAACAACAGUUUGGAUAAUAGCAAUAAUGGAAAUGUCGAAGAGAAACAUAAGCAAAGAAAUUAUGUUUCGAGUGAAUUAAAAAUUGAAAGUAACAGCAAUGGAAAUGAUUAUAUAAAUAAUGCAUAUAUGAACGAUCUUAAUUACAAGAAUAAUAAGAAAUCUUUUGAAGAGAAAAUAGAAGCAGAUACAUGCGUUAAUAGUAAAAAUGUAGUUAAUGUGAAUUACCCGCAAUAUACGGUUGUUAUGAAUAAUGAUAAAUUAAAUAUGAACGGAAUAUAUGAAACAACAAAUAGAAAGAGAAGAUAUAACACACGAAGGGGGAACUGUAAGUAUUACCCGGAUAUAGAAAAGGAAAAUGAAAAAUGUAACAAUAACAACAAAAUUUAUUAUAAAACUGGUAAUAAUAAUAUCAAUGGUAAUAAUAAUAUCAAUGGCAAUAACGACGCAAUUACAAAUCAUAAUGAUAAUGGCAUUUAUAAUUAUAAUAACAGUCGAAGCAGCCGUAAUAAUAAGAACACGAAUGGUAGAAUAAAUAAUAAUAUAAAUAAUGAUAUAUAUAAGAUCCUAAAAGACGAAACAGAUAAUCUUGCAUACCCCGAAAUUUCUUACGAAAAGAACGAUAAAUACACACAUGAAUUGAAUAAUAAUUAUAUAGAUAAUAAAAACAAAAAAAAGAAAGCUAAAGAUAAAUUUAGUUACCUUGUAAAACAUGACAAGAAUUUGUAUAAUAUUAAUAAUAAUAAUAGUAAUAAUAAUAAUAAUGAUAAUAAUAAUAAUAAUAAUAAUACUACUACUAAUAAUAAUAAUUAUAAUAAUUAUAAUAAUAAUUAUAAUUAUAAUAAUAAUAAUUAUAAUAAUAAUAAUUAUAAUAAUAAUAAUAAUAAUAAUAAGAGUAAUAAUAAUAGUAAUAAUAAUAAUAGUAAUAACUAUAAUAAUAGUAAUAGUAAUAACUAUAAUAAUAGUAAUAGUAAUAACUAUAAUAAUAGUAAUAGUAAUAAUAAUAAUAAUAAUAAUAAUAAUAAUAAUAAUAAUAAUAGUAAUAACUAUAAUAAUAGUAAUAACUAUAAUAAUAGUAAUAGUAAUAAUAAUAAUAAUAAUAAUUAUAAUAAUAAUAAUGGUAAUAACAGCUAUGGCACCCAUAACACGCACCACGAUGGGAAUUACUGUAAUGGUGGAAGCCAUAGCUACGAUGGAAAUGCAUAUAAUGAUAGAAAUAACAGCUACGAGAAAUUCCAAAACAACCAUAGCAGUUGCAUAAUAACUGACAAAGAUUUUCAAAUGGAUUCCCCUGAACAAACAAAUGAAGAUAUAAUUUAUAUAAAACCCCUCAUUUAUGAUUACAAUGAAAAUGCAAACAAAGGAAAAAAUAAUAAAUACAAUAACGAUAAUGAUUGUAAUUUUAUUUUUUCAAAUGAUUAUUAUUCAGAUUACUGUUACCAAAAUAAAGAAGAAUAUAAAGCAAAUUUUAUAGAUUUAACUAGAGAAGCGUUAGCAUUAAUUUUACAAGACUUAAAAAAAAAUGUUAUUCCAAAAAUACCUGUUGGUAUAGAAAAGAGAGAAAGAUAUUCCAAUUCUUUACGCUUAUGUUUAAAAAGUGCAAAAUUUACAAAACACAUUAAUGAAUUAGAGCCUUAUCUCGAGUUAUUCAGCGAAUGUAUUAAGAAUAGCAAAUUGCCAAGCCACAUGGAAUUAAAGGAUCAGUUGUUUUACUUAGAUAAGUUGUAA